GUUUUUCAUUGGCUAACCUGAACAGGCCGCGAGAAUUUAACUCUAAAACUCGCGGAAAAAAUUUGUACUCCGCUUGCAGCCUGGUAGAACCUGGACGUAGUCACUUCACAUUACUAUUUUACAUAAUUUUCUUUUACCACGCUUUUUAACUAUGCUGUCUGCUCAUUCACCAAAGACUACCAGCAGGAUAGAGUCUGAGCUCGUCUCAAAGAUGGGGAAAUCCACAGUCAACGACGAGAAUCAACUCCCUUCCGUUUUUUUAAAGAAGACAAAGGUUCUUGGCGAAAAUCGAUCUCAGAAUAUUCAAAAAGAAACCAGCAUUACCUUAUCAUUGAAGCAAGAGGAGAAUGUGAAACAGACAAAAGCAACUGUAGAUGAUGAACCACUUCUUCGUGACAACCCAAAUCGUUUUGUCAUUUUUCCUAUAAAAUAUCAAGACAUCUGGAAAAUGUACAAAAAAGCAGAGGCAUCUUUUUGGACUGCUGAAGAAGUAGAUCUUUCUAAAGACUUAGGACACUGGGAGAAGCUGAAGCCAGAGGAAAAACAUUUUAUUUCUCAUGUAUUGGCCUUCUUUGCUGCUAGUGAUGGCAUUGUCAAUGAAAAUUUGGUAGAGCGUUUUGCCCAGGAGGUCCAGAUCACAGAGGCUAGGUGCUUCUAUGGAUUCCAAAUUGCAAUUGAAAACAUUCACUCUGAAAUGUACAGCUUGCUUAUAGACACUUAUAUCAGGGAUCCAAAAGAAAGGGAAUUUCUCUUCAAUGCAAUUGAAACUAUGCCUUGUGUAAAGAAAAAGGCUGACUGGGCUAUACGCUGGAUCAAUGCCAAAAAUGCCAGCUUUGCAGAGAGAGUUAUUGCUUUUGCUGCAGUGGAAGGGAUCUUCUUCUCUGGUUCUUUUGCUUCCAUCUUUUGGCUCAAGAAAAGAGGUAUCAUGCCAGGCCUGACAUUCAGCAAUGAACUUAUCAGCAGGGAUGAGGGUUUACAUUGUGACUUCGCCUGUUUGAUGUUCAAACACCUCAAAAACAAACCCACACAGGCAAGAAUUCAUGAAAUAAUUCAAGAUGCCGUCAACAUUGAGAUAGAGUUCCUGACAGAAGCUCUGCCUUGUGCUCUCAUAGGCAUGAACAACACCCUAAUGGCACAGUACAUAAAGUUUGUGGCAGACAGGCUGCUAGUGGAGCUUCAGUGUGAAAAGAUUUGGAAUGUAGAAAACCCAUUUGACUUCAUGGAGCACAUAUCUUUGGAAGGAAAAACCAACUUUUUUGAAAAGCGAGUUGGUGAAUAUCAGAAAAUGGGAGUGAUGUCAUCCACAAAAGGAGAAAGUAAUCACCAAUUUACCCUUGAUGCAGACUUUUAAUAAUCCUUCUUUAGAGGAUUUGAAACUUUUAUGCAUAUAUAUUUAAAAUUCAGAAUUCUUCGCAAGGAAGUAUAGUUUUACAUUUUUUUAAAAAGAUGACCAAAUUUUGCAGGGAAGCUUUUUCUAUCAUUUUAUAGUUUUUAGCAUUAAUUUAUUAUUUUAUGGGUUGUACUUGAUCUUGGUUAGAUAAAACAUUCAUUUUAAGGUCUGAUUUGAACUUGGCAUGUUUGUUUGAUCUACAUGCAUUUAAAUACAUUUAAGUUUCAUAACAAUUUUAACCUUUUAAACAUAUAAUAAAGUUGCAGGAAGGUACCAACUGUAUAAAUUGUAAGUUCUGUAAGAUACUUGACCAAGCAAAGGAUACUGCCGUAUUAUUUUAGUCAUAAAUGGUGUGAAGUAUUAGAUGUACAUUUGUUUUAUAGUCUUAAAAGUUCUGUACUUGUAAUAUUAAAUAAUAAACUUGUAUAGUUGUCAUUAA